AUGUUGGAUAAAGCCAAGACACUCCAGCCUGCCUAUGUCGGGAUUGUGCCGCUUGCAGAGACUGUGUCAAAGCAAGGGAAGAGCUGUUCAAGCACGUAUCAGGAUUCAUACCACAGCUUACGAGAAGUGCUGCAGUUGAAGCUCCAGCAGCGACGCACACGGGAGGAGCUGGUGAGCCAAGGGAUCAUGCCGCCUCUGAAAAGUCCAGCUGCAUUUCAUGAACAAAGAAGGAGUUUGGAGCGGGCCAGGACAGAGGACUAUCUGAAACGGAAAAUCCGGUCCCGUCCAGAGAGAUCAGAACUGGUUAGGAUGCACAUUCUGGAAGAGACCUCAGCUGAACCCUCCCUGCAGGCUAAGCAGCUGAAGCUAAAGAGAGCCAGACUGGCAGAUGACCUCAAUGAAAAGAUAGCGCAGAGGCCAGGUCCCAUGGAGCUGGUGGAGAAGAACAUCUUGCCUGUGGAGUCGAGCCUGAAGGAAGCCAUUAUCGUUGGACAGGUGAACUACCCAAAGGUUGCAGACAAUUCCUCCUUUGAUGAGGACAGCAGUGAUGCCCUCUCCCCAGAACAGCCAGCCAGUCAUGAGUCCCAGGGGUCUGUCCCAUCGCCGAUGGACUCCCGGAUUUGUGAGCCUCUCCCUAGCACCACUGGCACAUCACUAGCUCAGGGUACAUCCCAAUUGCAGAUUAGCGCAGACUCCAGUGAAACGCUUUUCCUACCUGAACAGCCACCCCCACCUCUGCCCCCUCCACCUCUUCUACCCCCUAGUCUUACCAAUGGAGCGGCUCUUACUGCUGCCAAGCCCCCACCAACACUCAUUAAGCAAAGCCAGCCCAAGUCUGCUAGCGAGAAGUCUCAGCGCAGUAAAAAAGCCAAGGAAUUGAAGCCGAAAGUCAAGAAGCUUAAAUAUCAUCAGUAUAUUCCCCCGGACCAAAAGCAGGACAAGGGAGCUCCUCCCAUGGAUUCAUCCUAUGCCAAAAUACUGCAGCAGCAACAGCUCUUUCUCCAGCUUCAGAUCCUCAACCAGCAGCAGCAGCACUACAACUAUCAGACGAUCCUGCCAGCCCCCCCCAAGCCUCCAGGAGAGCAGCAGAGUGGUGCCAGUGCCCCUGCUGUACGCAAUCUCUCCGCUGCAGUCAGCAGCACAUCUUCCGUAUCCUCUGGUUCCAGUGGGCUGAUGCGACAAAACAGUAAUGCUGCAGCGGGCAAGCCUGGCCCUCUCCCUGCCAACCUAGAUGAGAUGAAGGUAGCAGAGCUGAAGCAAGAGCUGAAGCUGAGGGCCUUGCCUGUCUCGGGCACAAAGACGGACCUGAUUGAGCGUCUCAGAGCUUACCAAGAGCAGAACGGUGCAGCCAGCCAAACACCUCCCACUCCCAAGCCCAGCACAGCAGCCAUCCUCCCAAAAGCGGCCGAAGUGGUGGUCGCCUUCCCAGCUGCCAGGCUGAGCACAGGGCCAGCCCUGGUCACCACUGGCAUUGCCCCAGCAGAAGUAGUCGUGGCCACAGUCACCGGUGGUGGCGUGAUGAAGUUUGGCAGCACAAGCUCGACUCCUCCUGUUUCUCCAACUCCUUCUGAGCGCUCACAAAUGAGCACAGGGGAUGAGAACUCAGCCACUGGAGACACCUUUGGAGAGAUGGUGACUUCACCCCUGACCCAGCUCACCUUGCAGGCGUCCCCGGUGCAGUUCCUGGUGAAAGAAGAAAGCUCCAAGUCUGCCUCCUGCAGCGUAAAUCCAGCCCCCAGGUCGGAGCGGUGUAGCACUGGUAACAGCAGAGAUGCAGAAGUUCGGGACAAAGACCAGAUGCUGCAGGAGAAGGACAAGCAGAUUGAGGAACUCACCCGCAUGCUGAAGCAGAAGCAGCAGCUGGUCGAGAUGCUUAGACUACAGCUAGAGCAGGAGAAGCGCUCUCAGCAGUCACUACCGGCCCCAGCGGCUGCGGGAGAAGGAACAGCCCUUGCCUCCAACCCAGUAGCAUUUGGCACUCAGGUCAAGAGCGAAAACGGUUUCCUGAGUUGCCAGUCUGCGAAGCAAUCCAGUGGCCAAACAGACCAAUUCAGCCCUGCACCAACCGCUAGCCAAAUGGACACUUCGAAUCCAAGCCCAGUGCCAAAGAAAGCCGUGAUGGUGAAGCAGGAGGUGCCAGCCGCGGAAGCAGAGCCGCCGUGCCAGUCCCACAGCCCGCGGCUUUUCCUUGGCCAGCAAGGGAGCGCCCUGAGCGACCUCAUCAAGGGCACCCCUCCCCCCACCCUCAUCACCGACUCCACAGGGACCCACAUCGUCCUCACCGUGACCAAGCAGAGCGCCGAGAGGCAGGGCCUCUCGCCCCACGGGAAGGCAGGGAGUAGCUGCCCGGCCUUGCAGAGAGUACAAUCAUCGCCCGCUGAAACUUCCAGCCAACCGCCAUGUCAGCUACCUGCAAGCACCCCUCCGCAGCCCACACAGCAGCAGAAGCAGCAGCAGAAGCAGCAGCAGCAGCAGCCCAGAGGACUAAACCAAGCUGUCAGAAAGCCCUCAUCGCAGCCCGGCUCUCCUGCUGCCCCUUCCCCACCCCAGAUGGACCUGGAGCAGCAACAGCACACGUCGCUUUUUGGAACUCCUCCGCCUCCUCUCCCUGUUCCCUCGGUCCCAAUGAAAGAGCCACCAGGCUAUGAAGAGGCCAUGAAGCAACAGCCAAAGGCCCAGGAGAACGGCUGUUCCAGCCAGCAGAUGGACGACCUGUUUGACAUUCUCAUCGAAAGUGGAGAGAUUUCUGCUGACUUCAAGGAUCAGUCGUCCCCAGCUGGGAAAGAACCACCCGUAGCCCCAGCCUGCUCCCCACCGCCCAGCAGCCACCAUUCCUCAGAGCUGGCGGUGCCGGUGUCCUUGGGGCAGCCGGUGCCCGUGGGCCGGCUAGAGCUCGGCAGUAGCAGCGGCUCCCCGCUGCUGACGGCAGGCCACGACGGGCCGGAGCCCCUGUCCCUCAUUGAUGACCUCCACAGUGAGAUGCUGAGCAGCUCGGCCAUCCUGGACCACCCGCCUUCACCUAUGGACACCUCGGAAUUGCACUUUGCUCACGAGCCGUCCGGGGGCAUAGCCCUGGAUCUGGCUGAGGCUAACUUGGACAGCAUGGACUG